AGCUAGCAAGCGAAGAGGAGAGUGGAGAGAACAAAAGUAGAGCUGGUGACAGGCAGCACGCACGCAGGCUCGCACAGCGCAGCACAGCACAGCACAGCACAGGACGACUUUUGCGCGCUCACUUAAGUUUUGUUGUCAGAGUGGAGUGUUGACUCGUGUAGCCUUCGUGACCAGUUAUACGCAGUUCGGGGCAGCACAGUUUGUAUUUUCUUUAUAUAUUUAAUAGCAGUGAACCAGGGCAGGCCCGUGGGUGGAGUACCAUGUCUCGCCCUACUGCUCCAAUGAAUCCGGCUGCUUUUCUACCAACGUCGCACGGGGUGCUGAAGUCACUUUUGGAGAGCCCUGUGAAGCUCCCGCAACGACAUGAAGGCUUUGUGAAGGAGAAGGCGAAGGCCGUGGAGGAUGAGGAGGAUAGCGCGGCGCCGCAGUCCGCCUUCCUGGGCCCCACGCUCUGGGACAAGACUGCCACCGUGCCCUACGACGGCGACAACUUCCAGCUUGAGUACAUGGACCUCGAGGAGUUCCUCUCGGAAAACGGCAUUCCAUCGAACUCGGCGCCAACGACGGCAACACAACAACAACAACAACAACAACAGCCGCACGAGCACAGUCAUCCGAACCAGAAUCACCAGCAACACCACAAUCAGCACCAGCAGCAUCAGCACCACAAUCAGCAGCAGCAAAACCAACAGUCGCCAACAACACUCUCCAACCACCACAGUCAAUCGCAAUCAGCAGGCACCAGCCACAGCCAACCACCAACGGGCGCCAAUCCCAAUCCCGCCGUCCAAGCCUGCCACCACAACACAGCUCAGACAGUUCUGUCCUGUCAGAGUCCGGAGAGUCCAGUGGACCCCGAGAGCGUGUCGGUGUGUGUGAGUUUCGAGCCCGACCCGGCAGACCUGGCGCUGUCCAGCGUACCGGGACAGCAGGUCUUCGACCCGCGCCGCCGCCGAUUCUCAGAAGACGAACUGAAGCCUCAGCCCAUGAUCAAAAAGGCUCGCAAGAUCUUCAUCCCCAAUGACCUCAAGGAUGAGAGGUACUGGGCGCGUCGGCGUAAGAACAACAUGGCGGCUAAGCGUUCGCGUGACGCGCGGCGCCUGAAGGAGAACCAGAUUGCCAUCCGCGCCUCCUUCCUGGAGAAGGAGAACUCCGCCCUCAGGCAGGAAGUGGCCCAGCUCAGAAAGGAAGUGACACGCUGCCAUAACGUCAUCACACGCUACCAGCAGCAACAUACACAUUCGCACACACACACGUCGCUCUGAUGAGGAUGCACACACUCACACGCAAACACACGCACACACACGCAUACACACACAUUGAUGAGGACAUACAAACACACACACACACACUGCCAUAACAUCAUCGCUCCUUACCAGUAGCACACACACACACCCACACCCACACGCACACACACAAGCCAUCGCAACGCCAUCACAUGUUGUCAGCAGCAGCAGCACACACACGUUGUUCUAAUGAGAGAACAUACACACACCACACACACACACUCCUGUUCUCAGGAACUAUAACCUCUUGAUCAUACACACACAGACACACACACAUUCAAGCGAGGUCAGACCCAAUGCAGCGUGCAGGUCAAUCAGGGUCAAGUCAGAUCCUUUGUAGAGGUCAAGGGUCACGGCUCCUCAAGUGUACUGUACUCUACUGUCUCUCUGGCUCUUUCUGUCUGUCUGACGUGUACUGUCUGUCUGAUGCCAUAGGACAUGAUCAUGUGGAUCCUAAACUGAACUGUCUGUCUGUCUGUCGGAACUCUACUGUGUUGUCUGUCUGGCUCCUGAACUAUCUGUCUGUCUGUCUGUCUGCCUGUCUGUCUGCCUUCCUGUUUGUCUAUCUGCCUGUCUGUCUGCCUUCCUGCCUAUCUGUCUGCCUCCCUGUCUGCCUGUGGAGGUGUCACAAUGGUGUUUCCAUGAUGCCAAUGAGACUGUCCUUAUGCCUUUUACGCAUUUCAAGACAUCACAGUUACACUUUAAAGGGACACUGUGUGAGAUUUUUUUGUUGUUUAUUCCCAGAAUUCAUGCUGCCCAUUCACGUAUGUUACAUUUUUCAUGAAUACUUACCACCACCAUCAAAUUGUAAGUAUUCAUUAUGAUUGGAAAAAUUGCACUUUUCAUACAUGAAAAGGGGAAUCUUUUCCAUGGUCCGCCAUUUUGAAUUACCAAAAAUAGCCAUUUUUAGGUGCGAAAAUGACUCUACUUGGACCAUACUAGGAAAUAUUUGUUUAUUUCAAUGAGCAGCAUAGUUGCAGUACCUUUUUUGACCAUUUCCUGCAGUGUACCUUUAAGACAAUACAUAUGUAAAAGCUUUUUAAACACUAAGUACAUCACUUAUUGAUACUUGGUAAAUAUUUUACAAAUGUGCAAUUUAUAAAUUGUAAAUGAACCUUUCAAAUAUCUGUUUAUGAUUAGGUUUAUAAUGACACUGUCAUACAGUCUGACUCAUGCUAGUUGUGUGUUUGUUGUCUGACUGUUUGUUUGUCUGAAGGCCUGAAUUGCAUCAUGAUAAUAAUAAUGAUAAUAGUGAUGAUGACUAUGAACGAUACGCUACACUACCGACCUCUCUCUACUCCUCGCCCUGCCUGCCUUUUUGGUUUUAUAUGAAGUGUUUUAUUUUUUCGUUUUUUGAUGUACUA